CAUGGCGAACUGGAUUUUUCUUGACGCAAUAUGCGUUGCCUGCAGUCGCUCAGUCGCAUUGAGAUUAGAUUCACAAUAAUGAAAUUUUCAAUUAUUUUUCACCUGUCCUUACUUUCAUUAGCUCAAUUUGCAUUGAGCGAAAAACAGUACAGAGGGUGUAAAGUCUUCACAAUAACGAGUUUGGCUAAUGAGACCCAAUACAAUGCGGUCAUAGAUCUACAAAAAGUCAGAGGGGUAGACUUUUGGAGUGAGCCUAGCAGAAAACGAUACACGGAUGUCAUGGUCUACCCAGACGAGCAGAACAAUGUUGAGCAAUAUCUGGCCGAGUAUGGAAUUGACUACAAAGUCGCUAUUUCAGAUGUUCAAGGUGCUGUGGACAAGGGAAAGGAUUUACGUUCCACGCGACAAAAUUCACAAGAGAUGAACUGGAAAGAGUACCAACGUCUCAGCGUGAUUCAUAGUUGGCUUGAUGCUUUGGCUGCACACAACCCAAACAUAGCUCAGAUUGGAUCAAUUGGUAGAACAACGGAAGGUCGAGACAUGAAGACCAUUAAGUUGUCGUCAAAUCUCAGAAAAAAUAAUCCAAUUAUUUUCAUUGACGGUGGUAUCCACGCGCGAGAAUGGAUUUCUCCGGCAGUGGUCACGUACAUUAUCGGAAAACUUAUGUCAUUUGAGCCGGAGGAUAGAGAAAUCAUGGCCAACGUCGAUUGGGUUUUUCUGCCCGUGAUGAACGCUGAUGGCUAUGAAUACACCCACACAGAAGACAGGCUCUGGAGAAAGUCGAGGUCCAUACAUAAUGGGAAUGAUUGCAUAGGAGUUGACUUGAACAGGAAUUUUGACUUUCACUGGGGCGAAAAUGGAGUAAAAGACGAUCCAUGUGCUAACACAUAUCACGGGCCUUACCCAUUUUCUGAACCUGAAUCAAACGCCACUGCCAAGUUCAUGUUGGCAAAUCGAAACAGAAUUCGGGCUUACAUAACAUUUCACUCUUAUUCCCAGUUGAUGCUCACCCCGUACGGUUACACGGAAGACUUGCCAGACGAUUACGACCAACUGGAAGCUCUCGGAAAACGAGCCAUUAAAGCUUUAGAAGAAGUUCAUGGUACAGAGUACGAGGUUGGAGCACCGUCUCAUAUACUUUACUCGAACAGUGGUUCCUCCCGUGAUUUUGCCAAAGGAGUACCUGAGAUCAAAUACUCAUUCACUAUAGAAUUGAGGGAUCAAGGCGAUUAUAAAUUCAUUUUGCCACCUCAACAAAUUAUUCCUACAGCGGAAGAGACUUGGGAAGCAGUUCGCGUAAUUGCAAGACAAGUGGUCCAAGAAGCAAGUGAGGAAGAGUGAUCAAGUCGAAGUCAAUUUAUGGAGAAUAUGAUGGACUUUUUCUUUUGGAAAUCGUUUUUUUGGAUGGUAUAUAUGAUCUGUAUGUGCUCUAUUAUUAGCUUAUUGGUUACUUUAUUAAUGCGAGAUUCAUGACAAUAACGUAUGUGGGUGGGGCUGACAUAAAAUUUACUGUAAAUUUGGGUAAUAAAAUUUAUACUUGUCCUGGGUGAAAUAAUGAAAUGGUAAAAUUUUGUUUUCUAUAUUUUUCUUGAUUAUACUUUGAAGUUGAACGUCUUAUGCACAAAUGUGUGUAGCUGUGAAAUCGAUUUUAAAAUAUGUGAAAUGUGAAUAGUGAAUUGUUGGUAUAGGAGGAGCUGUACGAGUUUUGAUGACGAACAGAGUGAUUCAUUACGCAAUGAAAAAUUGUAAAAUUUUAUACCCGAGUCCGAGAAAAUUCAAUAAAUAUUAAUUUGCAUGCCAUCCA